AUGACUCGCCCUAAUAUCCUCAGUGAUAAUGAGAUUCCGGAUUCUUUGCCUCCUUUCACAAAAACACAAUCCCCAAAAUCCUUUCUAUACACAAAGAUCCUAAAGAACUACGUGGGAGAACAGGGAGCCUACGUCUAUGCUUUGUUAGCUACAAACGAACGUCUCGCCUUUAAGAGACUAUUGCAACUUUCCAGGCUAAAGUCAUCUCGUCUAAAAAAGAUCCUUGUGUCUUUAAUUCAACUCAACUGUGUUGUUCAUUAUUCCAAAUCUGGUCGUUCGGACUCUAAUUCAAAGAGCCAAAUGGAUAAUUUUUAUUACUACCCGAAUGAAGAAGGAUGCUUCAAGUUCCUCUAUGCUGAUGACAUAAUCAGAUGUAUCAGAAAGGAAUAUGAGGAUGAAAUGCCUGCUACCAUUGUUCAGAAUGUGCUAUCCAUGGGUCAUCUUACAGUUAGAGCGUUUUUCCAGCAUGCUAAAACUGAUAAAGAUCGUUGUCUCAGAAUCCAGAAAGCUUUCAAGCGCCUAGUGGAUGACAAUUGGUUGUCACCUAUUGGUAAGAACUCUUUUCUAAAUGUGUUUGAUCUCUUCGACAAAACAUUCAAGAAGGUUGCCGCUGAAUAUAAUAGGGAGAAUCCCGAAUCUAAGACCAUCUCUCAGACUAAGAGAAUGCAUAUGAUCAAGAGUAUUACCGGUGAUAAUUUCCUACAACUGUUGCAGGAAGAGCAUCUUCAUGCUGAACUUCAUCAUAGUUCUCUGAAAUCUUUAAUGGGUAAUGAAGCAGAUGACGAUGCCGAUGAAAUUGGAAUUUCCGACAUGAUUAAUACCGAUCUACCGCUCACUUUCAGUUUCGAACGCUAUCUAAAAAGAGUUAGAUCUAUUCAUUUGGCAAGUGAGGCUCGGCAUAGGAUUGGAGAGAUUUCUUCUGGAGUAUAUGCUCUAGCUUUGAAUCAUGUUGAACUUAGAUCACCAAGUGUGCGCUCCAGAGAGGCCAAACUGCAGCGAUUACUUGCAAAUGUUGGCCAAACGACUGUGGGAUUAGAUCCGCACGCCGAUUUGGAAACCAAAAACAAACUCAGCUUGAAAGAUCAGUCUACUGGGUUGGUUAUUAGAGUGCCUGACGUUUAUAGACAGUUGAAAUCGAACGGAAAGAAGUUUGGUAUUACUGAGUCAGAUUUGAUCAAAACAAUCUACGACCCCGCCGAUUCAGAUGACAUAGGUAGCAAGAGACCUAUGAAUGCUUUGGAUUCUGAUGUUCCUCCGAAGAAAGCGAAGUUGGAAGUUACGGAAUCAGAGGAAAAUGAUGACAUCGAAUUUGAAUCGACUACCACUACUGACUCCAAUAAUGAAGUGUUGACUCUUAUUUUACAGCACCUUAAACUACUAACGACAGAUGAUAAUAUUCCAUUUUUAAGGGAAACAUCUCCAGGAGUUUUUUACAUUCCCUUCACUGAACUUGUCCCAGAGUAUACCAAGCACACUUUUAAGCAGUAUAUCAAGCACAUCAUGGAUCCAGCGUGCCUUCGUAUAUACAACUAUAUUGAGGAGCGACACUUGACAGAUGAAAAAAUGCUGGCAAAGCAUAUCCUCAUCAAAGAGAGUGAUAUAAGAACGCACCUGAAUAAGAUGCAAAAGCUCAGGCUGGUCGAAGUGCAAGAAAUUCCCAAGACGCAAGAUCGUUCUGCUAUAAGAGCAAACUUUGCCUUUAGAGUUAAGUACAGAAAUGGCCUCGAGGUUUUCAAAAACUCUCUCAUCUUUAACAUGGGUGAAGUGUUAGACAGCCUAGACGAUAUUCGUAUGGAUAAUAAAAUCCUACUUGAUAAGGUCAGCAGAGCUGAUGUUAAGGGAAAGGAGCAGGAGUUGUUAUUGACUAGUGAAUUGGUCCAGUUGCAGAAAUUCUAUGAGUUUGAAAGACAGGCCCUCGCCAAGUUUUGUAGAUUGCGUUCUUCACUUGACGUAUUUGAGUUCAUGAGUGAACUUUAA